ACUCAGAACGCCCGGUCUGGGAAUCGAAACCGCGAUCCUAUAACCGCGAGUCCGCUGCUCUAACCACUGGGCCAUUGCGCUUCCUGAAGUUUACUAAGAAAAGGACAAACCACUAUUAAUAUUUUGAAAUAGUAAAAAAGGGAAACAACUCUAUAUUUCUAGAUUUAGUGAUGAUACCAAAGAGGAAGUGACAUCAUUGUAUACGAAGAACUGAACUCUAAGCACGAGAGAGUGCUAUUCAUUCCCAUUUAUAACUUGUCUUCUAUUCCUUCUUGAUCCCUAAUCUGAAUAUUAUUGUUUUAAAGGAAUUACGGUGAAGAGGACCAGUGAGAAAGAGGUGGACGAUAGAAUGAGACAGAUUGUGAAGGACAACAAAAAGAAUAAAUUUGGAGAGAUUGGACAUAGAUUGGAAAGAGAAUUUAGAAUGAAAUUCAAGAAAGUUUAGACAGCUGUGGAACAUUAAUGAUUGAUUUCAUUGAUCGGCUAAAUUUAUCGAUGUGUAUGUAAACAACGACCUCUAGUACAAAACAGACGGGAUCACAUAGAAACAACAUGCUAGACUCCCUAAAUUAGUCUACAUAAAUUUUAAAGAUAUCAGAUGACAUUGGCAUAACAGACGAUACAUUCUCAGUAUUUAUCGUUAUUUAAAGACCAAACGAAUAUCCUAUACACAGCACACACAUAAAACUGAUUCAGUAAAUCUGUGGUAGAAUAUUUGUUCUGAGGUUAUUAGCAAUAUUUCAGUACAUCACUGGUUGCUAUGUUCACAAGAUGAAUCUGGAUUAAUCCUACGGAGAUAUAAAUGUACAAAAGCAUUGUUAGACAAGAGUAACACAGAACAUGAAUGUAGCAGUUAGAAAUAUCCAUAAGAAGUAAGCUGCAAGAUCAAAAACAAGAAAUGUAUAUGGUGAUUUGAGAAGAAAUACUAUGGAAAUAAAUGAGAAACUCGAGGAAUUGAUUUUUCCUGAAGAGAGAAGGAAAUUAUCAUAUGAUUGUGAGAUCUGUCAAAAGUCAUUCUCUCAAAAAUGUAACCUAACUAUGCACCAACGUAUACAUACAGGAGAGAGGCCAUAUUGCUGUGAUGUCUGUGGAAAAUCAUUUUCACAAAGUAAUAGCUUAACAAUACAUGUACGUAUUCAUACAGGAGAGAAGCCAUAUGUCUGUGAUGUCUGUGGUAAAUCAUUCUCUGCAAGUAAUGACUUAAGUAUACACAAGCGUAUUCAUACAGGAGAGAGGCCAUAUCACUGUGAUAUCUGUGGUAAAUCAUUCUCUAAAAAUGUUAGCUUAACUAUACACAAACGUACUCACACAGGAGAGAAGCCAUAUCACUGUGAUAUCUGUGGUAAAUCAUUCUCUAAAAGUGAUACCUUAACUAUACACAAACGUAUUCAUACAGGGGAGGAUCUAUUUCACUGUGAUAUCUGUGGUAAAUCAUUCCCUAUAAAUAGUCUCUUUGCUCAACACAAACGUAUUCAUACAGGAGAGAAACCUUUUCAAUGUGAUAUCUGUGGUAAAUCGUUCACUGUAAGUAGUGACAUAAUUAGGCACAAACGUAUUCAUACAGGAGAGAAGCCAUAUCACUGUGACAUUUGUGGUAAAUCUUUCUCUGUAAGUUGUCACUUAGUUGAACAUAAACGUAUUCAUACAGGAGAGAAGCCAUAUCACUGUGAUAUCUGCAGUAAAUCAUUCUCUGUAAAUAGUGCCUUAACUAAACACAAACGUAUUCAUACAGGAGAGAAGCCAUACUUGUGUGAUAUCUGUGGUAAAUCAUUCUCCCGGAGCAGCAACUUAAAUACGCAUGUACGUAUUCAUAAAGAAAUUUACUAUAAAUCUGCAGUAGAAUUCAUAUCAAAUAUAAGAAAAAUUAUGGAAAAAAGUGUGAAAUUUGAGCAGUUGAUUUUGCCUAAAGACAUAAUAAAAGAGAGCAGAAACUUGUCAUAUGAUUGUGACAUCUGUCAAAAGUCUUUCUCUGAUAGAGUACAGCUAACUAGGCACAUACGUAUACAUACAGGAGAGAAGCCAUAUUGCUGUGAUGUCUGUGGAAAAUCAUUUUCUCAAAGUAGUCACUUAACAAUACAUGUACGCAUUCAUACAGGGGAGAAGCCAUACGCAUGUGAUAUUUGUGGCAAAUCAUUCUCUGCAAGUAAUGACUUAAGUAUACACAAGCGUAUUCAUACAGGAGAGAGGCCAUAUCACUGUGAUAUCUGUGGUAAAUCAUUCUCCCGGAGCAGCAACUUAAAUACGCAUGUACGUAUUCAUAAAGAAAUGUAA